UCCGACCCGCUCGCCGUCGCCGUCGCCUCCGCCCGCCGACGCCUAGGGGUUCUCCGCCCGCCGGCGCGUCGCACGCGGUGGGGGCGGGCAUAUAUUGCAGAUUUGCAGCCCCGCGCGCACGCGCGGGCUUCGCUUAAAUCGCGCGCCUCCCUCCCGCCGGCCGCCGCCGCCACCUCGCCGCUCCUGAUGACGGGACCCAAGAAAGCCCCAUUUGAGGGAGUGAUUCAUGAUUUCAAAGGAAGGUUAUCUUGCUACAGACAAGAUUGGCACGAUGGGUUCCGUUCUGGAUUUAGGAUAUUGGCACCUACAUUGUACAUCUUCUUUGCAUCUGCACUACCUGUUGUUGCCUUUGGGGAACAAUUGAGUAAAGAUACAGAUGGUACACUAACCACAGUUGAGACAUUAGCAUCAACCGCUAUAUCCGGCAUUAUACAUUCAAUAUUGGGCGGGCAACCACUGUUGAUUGUAGGAGUUGCAGAGCCAACUAUAAUCAUGUACACUUACAUCUACAAUUUUGCCAAAAAUCAGCCGAACCUCGGAGAAAAACUGUUCCUGCCAUGGGCUGGAUGGGUUUGCAUCUGGACUGCUGUCAUGCUGUUCCUCAUGGCAAUGUUUAAUGCAGCAGUCGUGAUAAAUAGAUUUACAAGGUUUGCUGGAGAAUUAUUUGGGAUGUUGAUUACAAUUCUGUUCAUGCAGGAAGCAAUAAAGGGUAUGGUGAGUGAAUUCAGUGUGCCUGAGGGUAAAGAUCACAGCCUACCGAUAUAUCAAUUCCAAUGGGUUUAUGUUAAUGGUCUGCUUGGAAUUAUCUUUUCAAUGGGCCUGCUAUACACUGCCAUAAGUAGCAGGAGUGCAAGGUCAUCGCUAUAUGGCACUGGGUGGCAAAGAGGCUUGAUUGCUGAUUAUGGCGUUCCACUCAUGACUGUACUGUGGACAGCAUUGUCAUAUUCAUUGCCAAGCAAGAUCCCUUCAGGGGUUCCUAGGAGGCUCUUCACCCCACUUCCUUGGGAACCCAAGUCAUUGCAGCAUUGGACAGUAGCAAAGGAUUUGUUUUCUGUCCCUCCAGCAUACAUAUUUUUGGCUAUUGUGCCUGCUGUGAUGGUUGCCGGGCUCUAUUUCUUUGAUCAUAGUGUAGCUUCACAAAUGGCUCAGCAGAAGGAGUUUAAUUUGAAGAACCCACCGGCUUACCAUUAUGACAUUUUGGUCCUCAGCCUUACGGUCUUGAUUUGUGGUCUUCUUGGCAUCCCUCCAUCUAAUGGAGUACUUCCCCAGUCUCCCAUGCACACAAGAAGCCUUGCCGUCCUUAAGGGUCAGUUGCUUCGCAAAAAGAUGAUCCGAACUGCCAAGGAGGGUAUGAAGAACAAUGCUAGCAGUUCAGAGGUUUAUGACAAGAUGCAAGAAGUUUUUAUCAAAAUGGAUGACAAAACCAGUGUCAGUUCUGUUCACAAAGAGCUGAAGGACUUGAAGGAUGCAGUUAUUCCAGAGGGAAAUGGAGCAGGGAGGGUGUCUGAGGUAUUUGAUCCUGACAAGCAUCUAGAAGCUUACUUGCCUGUCCGGGUGAAUGAGCAGAGAGUUAGCAAUCUGUUGCAGUCCCUGUUGAUUGCUGGUUGUCUAGGAGCCAUGCCAAUCAUUCAGAAGAUUCCAACAUCAGUCCUUUGGGGUUACUUUGCUUACAUGUCCAUUGACAGCGUUCCCGGGAACCAGUUCUGGGAGAGGACACAACUUCUGUUCAUUUCACCUCAACGGCGCUAUAAGCUUCUGGAAGGCGCCCAUGCAUCCUUCAUGGAGUCAGUACCUAUCAAAAAAAUAUCAGCCUUCACUAUUUUCCAGCUGGUUUAUCUCUUGCUCGUCUUCGGGAUGACAUGGAUACCAGUAGCUGGAAUCCUCUUUCCUCUACUCUUCUUCUUUCUUAUUGUUGUUAGGCAGCAUGUCCUCCCAAAAUUCUUCGAUCCACGCCACCUGUGGGAAUUGGAUGCAGCUGAGUACGAAGAACUUGAGGGGGUGCGCCAUGAUUCAUCGUCGGACGAAGGCUCCGUUUCACGCUGCAGCGAUGCUAGCCCUGAAUAUGCUUCUGAGAUAUUGGAUGAAUUCACGACUAACCGUGGAGAACUGAAGCGCAGGGCCAAGAGUUUCCGUGACGAGAGGCUCAUGCAGCUUAAUUCGGUGAAGAUGACAAGAGAACUUUCUCGGAUUCCUACUUUUACUCCUCCAAGAUCCUAACUUCUCAAGGAUAUGGACAAGAAAGAACUACCAUUUCUUUCUUUCUCAUUCUUUCUAACACCAAGCACUAAAGGAAGACGCUUCGGUGCAAGGUGAGAGGUAUUGCUACCUCACGGCUCAUUACAUCAUUCUUUAAUACAGCAUACAGCGAGAGGAACUGAGUUCGAGAUAGAUACACGGGCGAAGGGAGGAACUGUGGCAGCUUUGGACAUCUGAAAACUGCUGCUUAAUUGGGAAAGCCUGUACAUGCAAUCAGAAAGGAUGGGGGGAUACGAUCGAAAGGAGGUAUUGUGGUGUAAUUUAUUUUUCUUGCUGUUGUGUGACGUGCAAUUUCACUGAUACCGAUGGAUUACAACACGAAUCGACGUUAGAGUAAACAGGGUGGUGAUUUUUUUUUUUGUCAAGGGUAAAGUAGCGGGUAAA